CGUCGCGGCCGUCGCGCCCGCCCUCAUGCGCGCCGCCGCCGCAUCCGGCGUCGCCCGCUUCGCUGUCAACGGCACCUCCGAGGAGGACUGGCACCUGGUGAAGCGGAUGGCCGAGGACCACCCCGCUGUCGUCCCCUGCUUCGGCCUGCACCCAUGGUGGGUCCCCGAGAGGUCGCCGGAUUGGAUGGAUUCGCUCCGGAGGUUCUUCGCUGAAACCCCGGAAGCGGCUGUUGGGGAGGUGAGCUUUUCCCCCGUCCGAAAUUCCCAAUCUGCUAGCUUCUGCCAAACUGUUAAUUGUUUCGUGGGCAAUUGAAUUUCGGUGAUUAUAUGCACCCCUGGGUUGUUCUAAGCUGCAAAAUAAAGCUUCCGUAGCUCAGGUGAUUUGUCGGAUUCAGGAAUUGGAUACAUUGUUUUGACAACUCUGGGUCCUCUUGUUACUUCAGUCUGUACGACUGUAUAGGGCCCCUGCCCCUCCUCAUCUGCUCUAAGAUGGGUAUUAUUGUUAACUUUUACUCUUGUCAUGAAAUUAUAUUCUGUCGUAUGUUCACUACUAAUUCAGAUUGGUCUGGACAAAGGAUCCCAUGGAAGAACCAUCGACUUCGGAGAACAGGUCUGUACUUAGCAAUAGCAUGGAUCCUGCAGUUCUUGUGUAUGAGUUUUGUCAGGAGGUUGAAGUGUUCCGGCGACAACUUGAGCUUGCUAAGGAAUUGGAGAGACCUGUUUCUGUUCAUUGUGUGCGGGCGUUUGGUGAUCUUCUGGAAAUCCUGAAGCAAACUGGACCUUUCCCAGCAGGCAUGAAAUCCACUAAAGCAAAGCAAAUGCUGAAGUCAAUACCCUUGGAUAGAAUUCUUUUAGAGACGGAUGCACCUGAUGCAUUGCCAAAAUUGGACAAUAUUUCUGUAUCACUGGUCCCUGUGCACAGUUCAGAUGCAGAUACUGAAAAGCAUCACAAAGAUUCAGAGUCACAGGCCGCUACCGCAUCGAAUGAGUCCUUGAACCACCCAGAAAAUAUCCAUAUCGAUACCUCAUUUUCCAGGUUCUGGAGUAUGUGGCAUCACUGCUUGAAAUGCCUGAGACAGAACUGGCGGAGCUUAGUUUCAAGAAUGCUACCAAACUGUUUUCUUAUCCUGGCUCCAAAGUUCACCCUGAAGCAGGAGAUAUCUGAUGGGUUUGCCGCUACCUUACUCACUGCAUCAGUUGGUCCUUGCAAGCGAGUAUCGUUCAGGCAUUCACCGGCCCCUGAUGACCGUUCAUUUCUGUGUGAUGUCAUGCUCUCUGGACAAGACGUUGGUGCUUCAUACUGCGCACUCACAGAAGGACGCAUUAUUUAUCCUAGGAUAAAGGAUGGGUCCUUCUGUGAGUGCCGUGUUUGGUUGCAAAAUUCUACAGUCUGUAAAUGGCGAGACGAAUCUAGUGAACUUAAUUAUGUUGUAAUUAGAUGCUAAAUUGCUACAGCAAUACUAUAGUAAAUAACCUCUAA